CCGGAGGAGCCGAACGGUCCAGUGUCCCCUGCAUGUGCCGGGAAAGAGAGCGGCUGGCUGCGACUAUGAAGAGCUGAGAGGGGAGAGGAGGCACACGGGCACAGGAAGGCUCCAGCCUGGGUGAAGAAGAGGUUCUAGGUCGAGAUUGUACAAAGGAGGAAAUGCAUAAUUUUGAGGAAGAACUAACAUGCUCCAUUUGUUAUAGUAUAUUCGAGGAUCCUCGAGUAUUACCAUGCUCCCAUACAUUUUGCAGAAAUUGUCUGGAAAAUGUUCUUCAGGCAUCUGGUAACUUUUACAUGUGGAGACCCAUAAGAAUUCCUCUGAAGUGUCCUAACUGCAGAAGCACAGUUGAAAUCCCUCCCCCUGGUAUUGACUCUUUACCUAUCAAUUUUGCCCUGAGAGCUAUAAUUGAAAAAUACCAGCAAGAAGAACACCCAGAUGUUGUCACCUGCCCUGAACACUCGAGCCAGCCACUCAAUGUUUACUGCCUGUUAGACCGCCAGCUGGUGUGUGGCCACUGCCUUACCAUAGGCCAGCACCAUGGCCAUCCCAUAGACGACCUUCUCAGUGCCUAUGUCAAAGAAAAGGAUACUCCCCCAAAACUUCUCGAGCAGCUGACUGACAAUCACUGGAUAGAAGUUUGUCUGCUUAUUGAAAAGUUAGAGGAGCAGAAAUCUCAUUUUGAGGAAAUUAUCCAAAGUGACAAAGAAAUUGUCCUCCAUUAUUUUAAGAAGCUUAAUGACAUAUUAGACCUGAAAAAAGAUGCUUUCCUAUCUGCCUUGCAUGGUGUUAGGACUGCAAUUGAUGAAGAAUACUCUCCACAAAUUGAAAAAAUGAAAGAAAUAAGAGAACAACAGCUUGAACUGAUGUCACUGACAACAUCUUUGGGAGAGGAGGAAUCACCCCUUAAAUUCCUCGAAAAAGUCCAUAAUGUUCGUCAGCGGGUACAGGCCUUGAAACAAAAAAAACUCCCUACCAUUAAGCCUCUUGAAAUUUAUCCACGAAUUGGCCAGGUGUUGAAGGAAGAAUGGUCGAGAACUGAAAUUGGUCGCAUAAAAAAACUUAUGGUUCCAGAAAUAAAGCUCUCUUCCCAACAGACACCAUGUGCUCUGGCCAAUGAGGAGAAGAAACCAGAGUUUGUGAAGAUCUUAAGCAUUUUUAUAUUGACAGUUUUUUCAGGGCUAUUGAUGUUAAUAAUUUUGUUUAACAAGCACAUGCUGCCCAUUUUAAAUGAUGUGAGUUCAGUCUAUUUCUCAGAAGUUUCUCAGUCUCUGUAUCAUACUUUGUCUAGCAACUUGUGGACAGUGAAGGAAACAGUGUGCCACACUUAUCAUGUGCUGAAGGGAUUAAUAUGGGACACCAUUUCCUGUUGUUUCUGAGAAUUCAGGUCCGAACUAAUUGUUUACCUCUUUCUAGCCAAUUCUUAAUUAGCUGCGUGAAGUGGGGAGUGGGGACAAUAAGAUAAACAAAAGCUCGGCCCUUUGCCAGUGAUACCAAAAAUGGCAACAUGUGACCUUUAUUGUCUUGUCAGGACUUGACCUAUCACGUGUUGGGGCGAAACAAGGAGUGGGAGAAGGAGGCUUGGAUGAUCAACUUUUGAGUUACUCAGAGUUGAUUGUAGUGUUCUAAUUCUUUUGAAUCAAGAUUAUUCAAAAUUUACUCUUCCAUUUUGGCUAAUAAAGAUUGACUUUUGUAA